GCGAAUAAUGGGGAUUGUGGCACGUCAGUAAAGUAGUUGCGCAUUACUGCGUUGCUGCCGGCAGGGGGGUGAGUGGAGUGCGUGAAUCUUCUUGGGAGUGUGACGGCUGGCUUGGUGCAGCUUCUGAGGCGAAGUUGCUCCUCAGACCGAGAGAAUUAUUAUUCCGCUGUGUACUCGCUAGAACCGUCCAUCGUUUUGCCCGAGCUUCAAAUAAACGUUCGUAGUAAUGGUUCAUUUGUAACGUAACGGUGCGGCUGCGCGUCCACAGGCUACUGGAAGUUCUUCGCCUCAUCCGGAGCCCCAAGCAAGGCGGCGCGCGCUGCAGAUUUGUCACUCACUGUGACUGUACAAGUAUUUUUUAUGUUCAUUUUUCUCAUUCUGUGCUCCAAGGCACCUGGUCUGGUGUCACGAUGCAUUUGGCGGCAGCGGCCGAAAUCUUCCCCCCCCAGCUGUCCUGGACAUGGACGGACACGCAGGGACUUCUCCUCUUCCUCUGUGUGCUCUUGCUGGUGAAGUACGUGGGCAGCCUACCCUCCAGGACCUUGCCCCCCGGACCCUUGCCCUUACCUGUCAUCGGAAACAUGCUCAGCAUCAGCGUGAAGGACCCCUUUGACUCCCUUUGCCAGCUUAUAGAUAGGUAUGGCAGUGUGUCCAGGAUUGACGUGGGACCGGUCCGAUGUGUAGUUCUGUCUGGAAUCAAAAAUUUUAAAGAGGCUUUCCUGGAGAAGGCCGAAACGUUUGCAGAACGUCCCUCCUACCCACUGAAUCAAAGACUUUGCAAAGGUCUGGGUCUAAUUUCAUCCAAUGGACAUAUAUGGAAACAGCAGAGGCGCUUUGCCUUGUCAACACUAAAGUAUUUUGGAGUUGGCAAAAAGACCUUGGAGAAUUCCAUCCUGCAAGAAAGCCACUUCCUUUCUGAUGCCUUUCACGCAAAGCAAGGCUUCCUUUUUGAUCCCCAUUACCUUGUGAACAAUGCUGUGGCCAAUAUGAUCUGCACACUGGUGUUUGGGCACAGAUUUGAAUAUGGCGAUAUCCAUUUUCAUCAGAUGCUGAAGUGUUCUGAAGAAAUUUUCAAAGUGCCUGCAACGUUCUGGGGCCGACUGUAUAACCAGUACCCAGCCAUCAUGGAUUUUUUACCCGGAGGGCAUCAGUUAGCCUUUUCAAGUUUAGACAAAAUAAAAAAGUUUAUCGGUGAAGAAGUUAAAAGACACAAGGAUGACAGAAAUCCAUCCGAUCCAAGAGAUUAUAUUGACUGUUAUCUCCAUGAAAUAGAGAAGCAGAAGGAUGAAGGAGCUGGAUUCACUGAAGAAAAUCUCCUAUAUUGUGUGGUGGAUUUGUUUGGAGCUGGUACAGAAACUACCUCCAACAGCCUCAGAUGGGCAAUUCUGUAUAUGGCCAAGUACCCUGAGAUUCAAGAGAAGGUCCAGACUGAGAUAGAUCAGAUGAUUGGACAGAAUCGACAACCCUCAAUGGAUGACAGAGCUAGGAUGCACUUCACCAAUGCUGUGAUUCAUGAAGUUCAGAGAUUUGGGAAUAUAGUUCCCAUAGCACCACCCAGAAUGUCCAACAGGGAUACCACCAUAUCUGGAUAUAAAGUUCCCAAGGGGAUGAUGGUGGUGCCAGUGUUAAAAUACAUCCUACGUGAUAAGGAUGAAUAUGCUACUCCUGAUAAGUUCAACCCUGAACAUUUUCUUGAUGAAAACGGAAACUUUUUGAAAAAAGAGAAUUUCAUACCUUUUUCAAUAGGUAAACGGAUGUGCCCAGGUGAACAACUGGCUCGCAUGGAAUUGUUCCUCUUUUUCACCUCCAUGUUACAGAGGUUUACUUUCCGAGUACCUGAAGGAGAGGAUCCAAGUUUGGAAUCUCUCAUAGGCAUCACUUGUGGCCCAAAGCCAUUUAAAAUCUAUGCUGUAUCUCGCAUUUAACAAAUAAUGAUUUCUGUAUAGUUAUAUUUUGUCAGUAGUCAAAUACAGUGGUGAACUAGCCCAUAUAGCUGAAAUCUGUUGAUAAAUGGCAGGUACGAACAUGCUUCCAUUUUUUAUUCUAUUUGUCUUGAUCAAAUACUUUCAGCCUUAUACACUGUAAUUCAUAAAAUGUAGUUUUGUGAAGGCUUAUUUUAAUUACUUUAAACACAUAAUACUCACUCACAGUACAAUUCUAUAAACACACACACAUAAUUGCAAGAAAUUAUACCUGUACAUUUCCACAGUUCAAUUUCUGUCAUGGACCUUUUCCAAAAACUGGACACAUGGAGGCAGCAGAAUGUAUUUAUUACAACAACCAAUGAUUUUAUAGUCGUUGUUAGGUCCAGUGGGUGUCUAUUAUGUUUUCUUGUUUCGUUUUCCCUUCCUCUCACUUGGAUUACAGUCACAAGUGUCCAGCAAUAUCUGUCAAGAAAAGGUGGGCCUGAUUUGCUGGACCAAGAAGGGCAGGACUUCGCAGAUAUUGAAAGAACAUUUCCUGGAGGCCAUUGGGGAGCUCGCUUGUGGAUUAACAAACUCUUCUAGUGUGAUUGUCAUAGUGCUCCUGGUCUUUCUGUUUUCCUUCAUGACGGCAUUUUGAUAUUUCUGCUUCUUUCUUUGUAUCACCUCUAUACUGCUUGUACACUUGUCUGGUUGUUUGCUCGUUUUCUUUCUUUAGACAGUGUAAAAGUAGUGUAGUUAGAAAGGUGGCAGAAAACUUUGUUUUGCGUUUUGACCCCUUUUUGUUUCCAGGUUGGAGUUUGAAAGUGGCUUGUCUGCAAGGGUAGUGGGUUAGGCAUAUUUCUUUGCUUGUUGAUUACCCUUUACAUUCUGUCUAUGUUUAUGAAGUUUGCCUGUUAGCUCUUCAAUGUUGUAAUUUGAUUAACUGCCCUUUCACAAAAAAAUUAAACACACAUCCCUGUUUGUGCAUUCUAUUUAUUGUCAAUUCAUAACUUCAUACAAAACCUCUAUGUUACAGCCUUACACAACCGUGGGGUCAUAACAGACUAAGGAAGAAAGGCUAAGAGGCUAAUGCUAAGACUAAAGAAAAAAGAUGAGCCAUGAAAAAUAAUUUUCUACAUUCAGCCAUAACUACUGUAUGCUGUAUAUUUAAGAUUUCUUAGAUACUGAAACAACUUAAAGACUAAACAAUGUCAGUGAUUAAUGGGUCAUUUUACUCAUUUCUGUUAGCCUGCCUGCAUGUAUCUCGCUCACACAACUACUUUUUCUGCUACUUUAUUAGAGAAAAAUGCUACAAAAAUCUGUAGCUUCAACACAAACACAUCUCCACAUCUUUGAAGGCAUGCACACCCAUCUCAGUACUAACACUGAGUACUGUUUAUAAACUACAAGAUGUAGACAACUGACUCCACCACAUAAACAAUUCUUUAU